CCUGGUCCCUGUCACCGCUGCGCUGUCUUAGCCCCCCCGGUCUAGUACUUGUACCAAGGUAUAGUUGGCGCUGCCUCGAUUCUGCCCUAUGACCCACCGCUUCAGUACAUGCUACUACAUGUAUGUAUACUUGAGACAGACGCGGCUAUGUCCUGUCCUGGGGUCCUGGGGUUCAACUGGCCUGCCUAUAUGUAUUCUGAAGCCCCCAAACAAGCAUCAUCGGUUUCUGCCCCCAUCUAUUAAGAUCUCGGAACAUGUCAAGCUCUCUAUUCCUUUUGCUCUAUCUUUCUCUUUUGCCUUGGGUAUCACUUGUUGCUUAGCAGUAUAUAUAAUACACCCAGUCCUUUCCUGUGUCCAUCACGGCCGACAAGAACCAAGCCUUCCACUAUCGCUACUCAUAACCACCUCAUCGUGUGAGCUUCGCAUAUCAACGUGUAAGAGGAUUAAAAGAGACAAUACCGACUCAAGCGCGCACUACCUCUCUGUCUUGGUCACAACAACCCCUGUCAUGGUAGAAGCACUACGAGCGUGAACUUUCGACUCGCCUCAACCAACUGUAGCCAUUCUCUCUGUCAGUCGACAGCACAUACACAAUGGCAUUGGUCGCGGACCAAUUGUACAACAUGUUUUCUCGACGCGAAGACUUCAUGCUCUACCCCGAGAACAUUCAAAACGGCUACGCCUCGCCGACCUUAGAUAUGCACAUGAGUCCAGAUGGGUUCAACAACCCUCGAAGCGUCCAAGAAAGCUUUCCUCAGACAUCAGGAUUCGAAGCUGGCGUAGUAUACCCCGACGCACACAACUUCAUGUAUCACGGCAGGACAUCCCCCGGCGUGUAUGCAGACGAAGGUGAGCUACCAGCCGGAUCAGGCCUCUCCAUCGCAUCAGCACCAUCAGCGACAUCGUCGACGGUUGGGUCGCCAAACUCCAACCAUGGCCAAUUGGCUUUCUUUCCUGAAUACCAACAUGGAGGCCUCGGUCUCAACCCUGGCAUAGUUGGGUCAAGUGAUUACUUGACAGGAACUGAAUAUUCCACCUAUUCUGGACCAGGUAUGGAAGAAUUUAGCAUGCAUUUUGAUAAGCAGCCCGGUUUUGUUGAUCCAUCACUUAUACAUCCCGAAAUCCGUGGUCCGAUGGCCCCGCCAAUGCAGGGGUUCGACAAUACCAACAAUAAUGCCAACAACUAUUCUACUUCUCAACAUCCUUAUCCCAACUCGCCAGCUCUUUCAGGUGCUGCUUCUCCAACUCCAGCCAUGCGCAAUGGUAGUCAAUCCCCAUAUAUGGCGACAUACCAACAACCCUUUAGCCCUUUUACAGCGCCUCCCCCACCACCAGUUAGGCGCCAGAGCCUUUCUUCUUACCAAUCGCACGCAUCUCACGAGUUCGCAUACAACAGUGAUGAGUCGGAGAAGAAGCAAAAGUGCCAGGACUGCGGCAAAACUUUCAAGGACUUGAGGGCUCAUAUGUUAACCCACCAGACCGAGCGACCUGAAAAAUGUCCCAUCGCCAACUGCGACUACCACGUCAAGGGCUUCGCGCGAAAGUAUGAUAAGAACCGUCACACCUUGACUCACUAUAAAGGAACCAUGGUCUGUGGCUUCUGUCCUGGGUCAGGCUCAGCCGCCGAGAAGUCCUUUAACCGAGCGGAUGUAUUUAAGCGACAUCUUACAGCCGUACAUAACGUGGAACAGGCUCCCCCGAAUAGCAGGAAGAGGACUUCAGCUCCGGGGAACAGCGGCAAGAAACUUACAGGCUAUGCGCCAGAUGCCACUGGCAAAUGCUCGACAUGUUCACUCACAUUCUCUUCCGCCCAAGAAUUCUACGAGCAUCUGGACGAUUGUGUCUUGCGUAUCGUUCAGCAGGAAGACCCUGCGGAGGCCAUUAAUGCGAGGCGAUUAGCUGAGGUAGAGAAUGACGAAGACGUUCACCAGACACUAGAGAAGAACCAGCUACCCCUCACAACGCAAGCGGCAUCUAACUCGGAUGAGGAGGAUGAUGAGGAGAUGGGCGACGAGGAUGAUGCUGCGGAUGAAGAGCUAAAGUCCAAGAAGUUGACUUCACCGACGAAGAGGAAGGGAAAUCCACCCAAUGGCGUACAAAAGUCGCGUGGCAUGACACAUUCGCGAGGUGGCCCCCCAUUAACGAGCAAGAGCAAGAGCCGCAAGAACCGGCGAGAAUAUCCGAAUGCGUGGGGGUUUGACAAGGGCCAGAUGACGAUGAAGAAGCGGGUCAUGGCUGUGUUCGACGGACCCCGUCGGCUAGCCAAGGAUGACAUGAUGCUUUCGACCGAGCACGAGGUACGCCUUAGACUCUCGGACGGCAAGUCAUAUGUGACGGACCUGGACGUCAACACGAUGAAGCGUGCUGCAGGCUUCCUCAACGCCACCGAAGAAGAAAAGGGGCUGUGGAUAUCGGACGACCCGACCGAGGAUGAGAUCAAGAAGAUGUUGGAAUACAACCAACACUAAUCCAUAUACAUAUACAUAUACAUACAUGCAUAUAUCAUCUGCAUCAUCACCAACCCCAUGUAUCGAUAUACUAUAACAUUAUGACGAACGAGACGAGGACUAGGAUAGCAUGUUUGGCGCAAAAUCUAUUGUACAUUUGUUGUCUUUGAUGGCAUAGAGCCUGUGGGAAGGGGGGCACUCUUCGGGAAGCGAAUGGUGGGUGUAUUGGCGAAACAUAGAAAGGGAGGGGGGGGGGGAGGUUGGAGAGAAUAUCUAUUGGAAAGCAUCAG